AUGUCGCAAGAUACGGCGUGCUAUCGAGAGGCUCACAUCAUGGAUGUUUGUCCAAGCAACUACGACCGGAACGAGGCCACAAAUACGUGCUGGAUUGAAUGCCCCAUCGAGUAUCCUGUAGAAUGCGGCAUGGAAUGUAUCCGUCAAAAUGACGACUGUGGGAUUGAGGUGGCCAGCAAGUUCUCUGCCUUUGGCAUUACCGUCCUCAGUAGUGCCACAUUUGGUGCGUUUGGUGCGCUGGAGAUACUGGGCAAGAAGGUCUGGUGGGCUGCCGGGUGCUCCACGUUGGUCAUGGCGUCCGACCGCAAGAUACUCCUCCUACUGUUUCACUCAAGCAUUGUGGUCACGGAUUUACCUCUUACUAUUGCAGUUUGCAUGAAAAUGCGUUGGAUGCUGUCGCAAGCUCUGGCUCAUGAUGAUAGUAUUAUUUUGAGUUGGCAGCGAUUCCGAGCAUUUCUUAAAGGGGCCAACUUCACUGAAGCCGUCGAGAAGAUCACCAAGGGGGAGAUCAAGUCGCUUGAGACAGCCAUGAAGAAAAAUUCGAGCUGUGGCGGAGAGCUCAAGUCUCUAGUAGACCGGGUAUGGCUUACUGUGAACGAGUACCGAGAAGAGAAUCCUGCCAUCACAGAUGAUGAAGUUCGGCUAAAGAUUACCGACUCCGACCUCGUACUACACGAUAUAGCUGUAGUGACGAACAACUGUAUGCACCAGAUGAUAGCCGAGUCCAAUCAAGCAACCGCUUACAAGACGCGUGAGGUUUUGCGCAAGACCUUUGGAGUUAUUAUGAACGACCUUAUAAAGUCGGGGAAGAGCGACAAUGGCACGUCCUACGACGACAAGGAAAAAGCGUACAGAGUGGUCGAUCUUGCCUUCACCGCUGCCGCUGUAACGCUGCUAGACCCUACUCGUAUUACGCUGUUCUUCUCUGAGUUUAUCCAGAAAAUUUGCGGACCUACUCAGUUUAUGGGCGAGAUCGACGAUGGUACAAAACCUGCUACGUUGGGCUUGAAUACGCUUCAAAAGGCUUUCAAGGGGACGACUAGCUCGUGGACUAAGAAGGGCGACGGAGCCGUCAUCAUCAAAUUUUCGAGUACCAGACACGAAAGACGUGACUGUGAACAUCAUGUCGGGAGGGGACAGGAUCGACGAAGUCGACGAGGAACUGGCGAAUGGAAUUCAACUGUCAAGGCUCUUGGUGGUAACACGCUGUACCUCGACCGCUGGCGUCCAGGAUUUCUCGGUCUUCCAGGAACAGGAGGCGGGUCGCUGGUCCUGUGGGUACCUAGAUCCUCUCAAGGAGGCCAUUUGGAGCUUAAGGUGAAGCAACGUGAGCUAAAGCUCCGUUCUAAUAGUUGA